AUCAUGAUACUCAUAUGUUUUUUUAAAUUGUUAUAACUGUUUGCUUAAAAUUGAAAUUAUUUGUGUAGGUGGAAGAGCAUGGGAGGGAAUCCGGUAAAGUGGAGUUUUAUCGGAUGACUCAUACUCAUCAUGAUGGUACUUUUGUUCGAGAUGAGUCGAGAGAUUUAUAUGAGAGGGCUACAUCUCUCAUUGCGGAGCAUGACGACCAGUCUGCAGCAUCUAUGCAGCAGAGCCAUAUCGAGGCUGAGGUGUUCACAGAGUUGAUGGGACCAGAGUGCUACGGCCAAGUAAGGGGUUAUGGAGUAGGAGUCACCCCCACUCAGUUAUCUGAGGUUAGUAGAUAUACGCAGCAUGCUGCAGUAGAUGCUCAGGAUUUACGUGUCCGCAGACUCGAGGUGGAGAUACAGGAGAUUAGAUAGAGUUGUG